UGCUUUUAUCCGAGAUUUUAGCAAAAAGAACAAUUGAAUUGUUCUACUUUUGAUCUAAAUGAAUUAAGACAUAUAGAUACUAUCUUAUUUAAAUGAUAUCUUAAUGUGGAAUAGCUCUUUUAUUUCAAAAACUAAAUUAGAAAAUUUCCUCUAUUGUCAAGCCUCACAAAUGGCAUGAAUAAUUUCCUUUCAAAUAUGGCAACAUCGUUGAAUUUGCAUGUAAACAAUCAUUAGUGAAGUAUAUCAAAACUUGUUUAAAGGUAUUGAUACUGCAACUAAAUAAAGGCAUGUGGUGUUUGAUGACUUGGAUCAUGUGAAACGUAAAUAUUCAAUACCAACUAUUGUGAAUUUUCUUAUCCAUAAUCCAUGGAUUCUGUUAGUGAUUUCCUCAAGGUCUGCCGAAUUGAUGAAGAUUUACCCAGCAUCACAGAACGUUACUUUACUGCAAAACUAUUUCCAGAUACAAAUCAAUGUGCUUUACUUCAUUCAAACAGGCUUUGUCUUAUAACAAUAGCUCCGACUCAUCCUAUAUUGACUGAAUGCCUUAAUAUUCAUUCUAUAGAAUUCAAUUCAGUAGGGAAUGUUAAUCGAUUAUCUAAUAAAGUGUCUGGAAAAUUUAAGAGAGGUGCCCAAAAGUUGAAAGAAAAAUCAGUGAUAUGCAAGUUAAAAUGUGAUAAUGAUUCUGAGUAUAUACUUUACAGUUGUGUUGCAGGAAAACUUGUUGAAAUUAAUGAAAAACUAAUAGAAAAUCCUAAUCUUUUGAAAGAGAAACCUUGGUCAGAUGGCUAUGUUGGUAUAAUUAUGCCAUUUUUUGUACCUACUCGUCGUAAAGAUGCUUAUAAAAAACCUUUACCACAAACUAAUUUGUCGCAAUAAAGUUUUUAAAAAAGUU